AUGGUAAAAUCCCCCAGAACCCAACCCAAUAGCAGCUGGUCUCAUCGUGGUUUUGUUCCCACCGCCAGCGCAUCAAUCCACACCAGGCGCGUGUCAGGUGCGGCUCGCCCGCGAGUGCAGUCCUCCGAGCUGGAUCCGCCAGAUCACGAAAACUCAGGAGAAUCUUGUGAUUCUGAACAUCCGUGUCUGAUUUCCUGUCUGCCCCCAUCUGAACUGCUGAGUGUGACGCGUUCUGGAUGCGUGUUGGGCUCCCGGGAGAGCGGAGCGCAGGCCGGUGGAGAAGCGAGCUUCGUGUCCCGCCCCGUCGGACACGUUGCCCAGGGAGAGGCUGCACGGGCCGAACAGGAUUCCUUCCGCCCGCCCCCUCCUGCCUCUGCGGCUCUCAUGGUUCCUCUCCAUCAUCAGACAGCUAGUAGGACGGGAAUCACGCGGUUCGCUCAGGUCCAUGAUGAUCUGGGCUGGCUGACACACCAACAUGUCCACAUCAGACUCCGACUGCUACAAUCGGCUGGUUCACCAAUGAUGAAGACGUCUCUAACAGCCCAUUUAGUCCUCAGCUCAGAGAGGAGACACCUGGACCCACCCCAUCAUCCAUAUAGAGGCCCAGAGGAGGAGGAAUUGUGGAGAUGA